UUUCCCUCUCAGCCCCCCGGGAGGGCAGCGAGGGGAGCUGCAAGUGAAGUGGUUUUCGAAGGCUCUGAGGAGCUCCCGGUCCUCUGGCCUGGCUGUGAUCCUCUGUAAUGCUUCUGCAUCCUCGGGUGAUGAGGAUAAUCAUGCCCCCCACCCGCGCGCAGGUAAGGGCAGCCCCCAAAACCGCUGCCGGUGGGGGAGGACUCCAAGGUUUGCUCCAGAGCACAGCUGGCCAGGACCUGGAUGUAGUGAUCCUCCCUGCACCUUUCUCGGUGUGACCCAUGUCAGGCUCUCCCCAAUUUUCUUGCAGGCGGCUGUGAAGCUCCCCCCCCACCAGCAGCAAUGGAGUCCCCCUGCCUGCCCUGGCUGCAGAGCUUCGACAAGCCGUGCCGCCUCCUGCUCCACACACUUGCCUCCGGCUCCUCCGGGGUGCUCGCCGCCCUCCAAAUGCUGCAGCGGGUCCAGGCCCAUGAGGGACCGGGGCAGGCAUUUCCCUGGCAGGCCUUCACCGCAGCUCUCUGCGCCGAGGAGCCCACACUGGAGGGGCUGGAGGGGGCCCUGGCUGUCAAACCACGUCUGCUGCUGCUUCCUGUUGUGUGCCAGAGAAACCUCUUCUCCCUGCUCCUCGUGGUGCAAGCCGUGGUGCCGGGGGGCUGCCUCAGCCAGCUGCUCCAGGCCUUGGAGCAGGAUUCCCAUGUGGAUCCCUGGGUGCAGACGCUGGGCAAUCUGCUCCGGCAGGGAUCAGGGGGAGAGGAGUGCUCCCCACCUCCUGCUCCCUUGUCUUCCACAUGCCAGCAGCAGCUUAUGUGCCUGUGCCAGAAAAUUGCCCAGAACAAACCAGAGGGGCGAAGAAAACUAAACUGGUGCUUCAGCAAGCAGCCUGGUACCACUGGGGAUGUGGCUGACUCUGCGAUUCAAGGUGGGAAGCACAAGAAAGUGUCGGAGGAGAGCCUGGAGUUGGAUGAGGAGAGAGAGAGGAAAAGGUUGCUGCUGGAGGAGGCAGCGUUUGACCCCCCGGGAACCCAGGAGAGUGGGGAUGUGGCAGGGGUGGAAGAGGAGAUGCCUGUGGAGCCUUCAGGGGACAGAUCUGCUGAGAGCCCAGCCGGAGCUGCUCCAGAAAGCUCCCAGCAGGAUGCAGCCAGGAAGCCCAGGAAGAUUUCCCAGGCAGAGCUGGCAGCAGAGGUCCAGUCCUUUCUCCAGAUGCAUGGACAGAGGCUGAAAAUGCUGCUGCAGAAGGAGUCCAAUCACUCAGAGCUGAGUGUCCCACCUGAGCUGCACGUCCUGAACAACUGCUCUCCUGGCCAGCUCGAGGGGCUGUGCUCCUUCCUCCAGCUCUCCACAUGCCCAGAGCACCUCCUGGUGCGUUUCUGCAGCUGGCUGCUGGCUCUCACCCCUGACCUCAGCUACACCAGCGCGGCCAUCCUGGCAGAGCAGCUCUUCCUCCAGCGAGUCCUGUCCCUCGCCCAGCCGCCCUCUCGCCACCUCAUGGCUGCCCUCGCUUCAUUUUGCUCCAAGUAUUCCCAGCCCUUCUGUCGAGUCCUGGUGGCUGCGGUCCUGCGGGAGCCAGGGGAAGGUGCUGAGCAGACCAAGCUCGUGUGUGAGCUCGUGGAGGAGUGCCUGGAGCCAGACUGUGUUCGACUGGUGCUAAGCCAAGUCCUGGAGGUGCCUUUAUCAGAGAAGCUCCUGCCAGUAUUGCAGGCUGUGCUGGGGCGGCAGGAGGUGCUCCCCCCCAAGCUCUUUGAUCUCCUAGUCAUGACUCUGUGCUGGCAGGCUCCGGCCUUCGCCACGUCGCUGAAUUAUGCCAAGCUGGUGACGGCAGUGCUCACCAUGUACCAAAACCAGGUCACCCCAGCCCACCAGAGCAGUCUGGCUGCCGCUCUGGAUCGGAGCAAUGCGGCUCUGAAGAAGUCACUGCAGGCUGUGCUGGAAGGAGCCAGGUCCCCACGUUACUUGACUGGGCAGUGAGAAGCUGCAGAAGAAGCAGAAGCCCUUCUCUGCUUUCAGGUCCCCUUUGGUUUGAUGAGUAUGCUGGAUGACGUGAUGUCCCCUGUCCUGUGCCAGCAUCUCUGAUAACUUGUAAAUCUGAAGAGCCUGAUCGAGCAUCCAUGUGUCUCACCAGUCUGGUUUGCAGGUGUCCCUACUUGUUUGAAUCAACCUAUAUCCUCUUCGUGGUUAAAAAUGGAGCGACAUGGCUGCAAUAUUUCCUGUGUGUACCUGCACCCUUGUUUUGUUUCUCAGGGCUGAGAAGUACGAUGUCUUCCCAGUGUCAGCCCUUAAUGAAGCAGGUUGCUCCUUCCUGGCUCCAGGUCUGCAAAAGCUGGCAGACCUCCCUCCUUCCUCACAGUGGCAGCCUGGUAGCCAAGGCAGAGUCAUCUUGUCCAAAACCUUUAUAUUUCAAGUGUUUUUUCCAACAUUGUGGUGGCCCAGAGCACCUGGCAAGCA